CGCCUGCGCGCAGUUAUCGAUGAGUCCAGGGCUGGUUAGUGUGCCGCCUGCCGCAGCAUGGACGUGCCGCCUCAAGCCCAGGGUCCCGUGCGGCCGCUCGUCAACCCCGACGAGUAUGGCGAGGUGGACACCUCCAGGUAUCCGGAGCCGAAGGAAGCCACGCACAAGGUCCGCGGCCGCAGCGAUGUGCUGGAAAUGCUCUGCGGUGCGGGCGCCGUGGACCCCGAGCUGCUCACCGUCAAGACCUUCUACUUCUUCUUCUAUUCCGCGUUUGGCUCACUCUUCCCGCUCAUGGGCGUCUAUUUUAAACAGAUGGGCAUGAACGCUGGCCAAUGCGGACUGCUUAUAGGCACGAGGCCGUUUGUGGAGUUCCUAUCCGCUCCGUUUUGGGGCGGGCUAGCUGACCGCUGGCGUAAAGGAAGGACUCUACUUUUAGCGUCGCUGGCUGCAUGGAUUGUCUUUACGCUGCCGUUAAGCUGGGUGCAGCCUGGAGCGGUGGCGUGUGUGGUGCCUCGGAACGCGACUAGCUACGAUUUGUUGCCGCCGCGUUACGAUGAUACAAUGGCUCCGUCUAGUGCGGUUGCGAGGUCAUUCCACGGGCCGACUACGUCUGCCGCCCCUGGCUCGGCCGGCAGUCCCCUCCCUGUGUCUGACGCCUACAAUUACAACCCGGCGCAGAACGCUGACUGGGUGACGCCGCUGCACUCGUCCAUCGUGUACCGCACAGCUGAUAUUCAGAAGACGUUCUUCUUGUUGCUCCUGUUGGUCAUGGUUGGCGAGUUCUUCAGCGCGCCGGCCAUUACGCUAGCUGAUUCUGCCGUUAUUACUCUGCUUGGAGAAGAUGCUGAUCGGUACGGGCAUCAACGCAUGUUCGGCUCUCUUGGCUGGGGGCUGGCCAUGUUCUUCGUGGGCAUCGCCCUGGACCACAGCACGGCUUUCAGUUCGCAUCCUUGCGGCGGGCCGCAGCGUUAUGAGAAGAAUUAUACCAUCUGCUUCGCUACGUUCUCCGUGCUUAUGGGCGCUGCUCUGCUUACGGCUGGACAGAUCAAAUUCAAGUACGAGUUCGCGCCAGAAGUGAUAGCGCCCGUAGCUCCGACCUCGCCAACGCAGGAGGACAAACUCCAACAGCAGUUAGCUGAGCAGCUCCAACUGCCAGGCCUGGAUACCAGCGCCCCGCGCUCCGCGCCGCAGCCGCCAUUGGAGCAGGCUAAGGUGUUCGCGCAGACCACGCGCGAGAUGCCCGAAUGGGUGACAGUGCUGAAGCAGUUCCAAAACGUCCGCGCCGCGUCGUUCCUGUUCGUGGCCUGGUUCAUGGGCUUCGGCAUUGGCCUCAUCUUCACCUUCCUCUUCUGGCAUCUGCAGGAUAUUGGAGGCUCGCCGACGCUGUUCGGGGUCGCGUCCGUCAUAAACCACAUCUCGGAGAUCUUCGCCUACUUCUUUAGCUUCAAGCUGAUCACACAAAUGGGGCAUUUCAAGGUGCUGUGCCUGGGCCUAGCCGGCAACGUCCUCCGCUUCCUCUACAUCUCGUGGCUCACCGACCCGUGGUGGGUGCUGCCCUUCGAGUUCGUGCAGGGCGUGACCCACGCCGCUGUAUGGGCUGCUUGCUGCUCAUACAUCGCUCACCACGCACCGCCUGGCCUGCGUUCAUCUGCCCAGGGCGUUCUUCAGGGGCUGCACCACGGGCUCGGGCGCGGCUGCGGCGCCGUGCUCGGCGGCGUGGCGGUGGCCAAGUGGGGCACCACGCGCACCUUCGCCGGCUACGGCAUCCUGUGCGGGUUCGCCCUCGCUGGAUUCGCGUUCCUUAACUUCCGGGAAGAGGCCAACGUAGAAGCGGAUAUGGACGAAGAAGCCCGCGCCGUGGCCGAGGCCGGCGUGCUGGCGCCUCACGGAGUCCCCUCGAACCCCAUACCUCGCGCGCUUUCAUCUACUCGUCUUUCCGAUCUCGGUCACCAUGAUUCUUAUGGCGCCACACAAAACUACGCCGGAGAAGCGAGCCUCGGCGUGCCCGGGCAGGCGCCCGCCGCCAACCCCUUCCUGCAGGACGCGGCCGGCGGCUACAGGUAAACUCCGCGCAGGCGCCGGCUCGCCCGCUCCCUGCUCUGUAGCUCAAACAGUUUGUAUGGAAUCGAGUCUUAACGUUUAAGGCUCAGUUUCAUUGGUCGAUAACUCGGUCGAUAUACGAUGUGCGGUGAAUCCCCGUAGGUGCUAAGGCGGUAAAACGACUAGUGAAACUCAUAAUGGCAUACGUUUUAGGAAUCUCCCGCACUCCGCAUGCUUUAUGGAGUAUGCAGACGACCAAUCAUCAUAUCGACCAAUUAAACUGAGGCUUUAUAGGACACAAUCUAUACUGUACCUAUGUUUGCCACAUUACUGUCAUCUUCUUAUAUUUUAUUCUUAUGCAGAAUUUUAAGGGCAAUGGGAUUUAAAUUGUAUUUUAAUUUAAAUUUAAUCCGUUAAAGAGUUUUUUGAUACCACGUCGGUAGCAAAGAAGUAUACAACUCGCUUGAUGUUAAGUUAAGAUAUAGGUACUGUAGUUCCUUAAGAAAAUCUCGGCAGGAAGUUUAUUCCACAGUCAGAGCGUUCGUGAAAGGACAUUGUAAGCUUUAAUUAUUUCUUAGAAAUUUAAGUCAUGAAUCCUUUUUGGACGACUUAUAAAAACUUUGUUAUCAAUUUGAUGUUUUGAUGUAAAUAUGUGUUAGGUACAUGGAAAAUGUCGCUUUCGAAAGACUUCGCGUUUUUUUUAUAUAUAAUAAUUUGGCGUCUUUUCUAGUCAAGCCUUAAGCUACCCCAAAGACUCGAGUCUUUACCAACACUACACAAAUCCUUCGAGAACCCAGGUUCUUCGUAGCUUCGGUACUAAGUAUUAUUAAUAGGCGGCUGACAGCAUUGGAUGGACAUUCAUAUUCAAUAAGCUUAUAAAAACAUUGGAGGCUGAGGCAAAAUGUUGAGCCCAGGAAAUGAGACCUCGAAUCAUAGCUACACAGCUUAACAAACAAUAUUCAAGGAAAAAAAAAAUCAAGAGAAUAACCACGAAGAACGAGUCAAUUUCGUUAUCUCAAAUGUUUAAUCUACGUACGAUCAUCAAUGUGUUAUAAGCUUAUUGUUAAUACUCAGCCGCUCCUUAUUAUUAAGCCUGCUCCAUACUUAGUGUGUGAACCAUACUCGAAAGGCGCGGACGAACUCAAACUGCGCACCAAUCAGUCGAGCAGACUUGUCGUGGGAUAAAAAGACGAAAACUAGGGAACAAAACGGGAAAUGUAUGCGAAUCGAGUCCACACUCGCGCUCGAAAGAUUCGCGCGUUUGCGCACUAAAUGUGGAGGGGCCUUUAAUGUAAAUAGGUUAAGGGUCGACGAUUAUCGCUGUAGCAGCGUAUUGUCCGCGGCCGGUGGCCGGCCAUUAUAAGGGUACUUUCCAUUGUUAUUCUAACAAACCUUUUGUCAGAACAUGAAAUAGUUUGAAGGUGUUUUCAAGUCAAGUAAGGGUCCCACACUAGCGUCUUUGGAGCCUCGGCGUCUAGGCAGUCUAUGGAAAAUGACAUCAAAGUGCAGUUGCGCCAACGUUGCGUCCCGCAGCAGCCAGAGAGUUGACUAUACAUAUAGUCGCCGAUGCUCGGGAGGCGCUAGUGUUUAGUGGCCCUGAGACCAUCGUCAACACUCUUUUAACCGACAAUUUGUAAAUCUUAUUACAAACAUAUAAGGUUCAACAAUGGAAUCCAUAAGUAUCUUUACGGAACAUAAUGGCAAGUUCCCCACAAACGUUACAUUGUGUUCGCGGUGUUCGCUGUUGCUACGUCUCGUUUCUUUUGUACCGGUGUAUUGUGAACUUGUAUUUACGACAGGGGUCUCUAAACUUUUUCACCCGAGGGCCACUAGCUUGGCUUUUCUCGCAGGCCAGAAUAGCCAUCUACCGUGCCGGAUCCGGCCCUAGGGCCGAAGUUUGGAGACCCCUGAUUUACGCUAUACCCGUACUGUCACGGUGUCAUAUCAUGGUGUGAUGUAGAUCGGCUCACGGAGCGGGAAACCCGUUCCGUGAUCCGUAUUUUGUUGAUAAUGUAGCAGAUAUUCAUAUUAUAUAACUAUAUUAUAGCUAUAUGUAUACAAUGUAGAUUUGUUGUAAAGAUAUUCUUAUUGACAAAUAUCGCUGUCGGAGUACCAGAAAGCGAGUACAUUACCGAGUAGAGUCCAUCCACGCUAAGUUUGCGCAAAGUGCUACGUCAAGUAUGACGCUCUCAUACAUUGUCACUGCCAAGUUGGUGGAAACUUAUCCGUAGAAGGACACUACAAAAACUAUUGUUAUAAAUGUAUAUUUACGCAAAAGUGAGAAAUUGACUUUGUCGCGCGAUAAACAAAUUUUAUUUUACGUGUUAACAUAUUGUAUUUUUCAAGUAUUUUUAUUGUUACCCCUUUACUACGGCGUGCUUGCUUUCUGGCCCAACGAUGACGAUAUUUGCUUAUUGAGGAGGUGGGCACGAGUUAUAUUUUUGCACUUUCUCUCCGUCUGCCACGCCGCGCUUUUCCGCUCCGUCCGGUACGGAUCCGACCCGUCCGAGCUGCACAAGUCAGGUCCGAUACGGACGGUGGCUACGAGGCGAUGGCGAACGACUUUCAAUUUCAAAACGUGUAACGAUUAAAUGUUGAACUAUUGA